UGGGGCCGACAUAGGAUUUCCCUCUCUCACCGCUUUGAGGUUUGUUCUCUCUUGUUUCUCGGGGAACAGCACGUUGAGUACCGCAAGCAUAUGGAUGCCGAACACAUUAAAGAAUGGAAGGCCCCAGAGGUUAUCCUGAAGUACGUGGCUGGAGGAACAUGUGGGUUUGAUCGAGAAGGCUGCCCUGUUCGGUAUGAGAUCGUUGGGGCCCUUGAUCCCAAAGGGAUCCUCUUCUCUGCUUCAAAGCAGGAUCUGCUCAAGUAUAAAUUCAAGGAGUGCGAUAGGUUGCGGGAAAUAUGCGAGGAACAGUCUGAAAAACUGGGGAAAAGAGUUGAAACUGGGUGUGACGAUUUAUGUUUUUGAAGGGCUGGGUUUGAGGCAUCUCGGGAAGCCAGCCGUUGACAUCUAC